UGGAUAAACUGAAAGCCAAAAACGAGACCCUUUUCCACGAGUUGUGUUUGGAGAGACAAAUGAAUCACAUCUUGAAUGCCAUUAGAGACCAUUCAGUGGUUUUGGUGAAUGCGUGCAAAUGUGGUGACAAUCGGCAUAUUGUCCACACAUUCAAUCUGUUGAAUGACUUCUACAAGAGUCUGAGACAAAGUGAUAUGGAUACGAGAAGUGGUAAGACGUCAGCGGUUCCCAAGACUAGUCACUCAAACGGACAGUCAGUCCAUAACUGUGAUGAAUGCAAACAAGUGUUUGAAUCGGAAAUUGUUUUGAAAAUCCAUACGAUUACUGACCACAAGAAUCUGCAAUCAUUUUCAUGCCAUGAAUGCCAUGAAGUGUUCACUACUGAAGACAUGAAGACAUUGCAUUUGAAUGACAUUCACGGCACUAGUCAUACAAAUGAUACCCAAAUGAAUGGCCAA